GUCUCUCGCCCCACCCAGAAAGGCGUCGUUGACUAUUCAUGAGCCCGAAAGGGUUUGGGCUCGAAAAGGCCGUUGGGCAUCCUUCUGAGAGAUCUGAGAGAGACCUCGAGGAGCUGAGGUUUGACUUGUUAAAAGAAUCUUGAUACAUUACUACAAUGGCCACUGCUCAGCUCUCUCGCUCUAUCAAAAUUCACAAAGCAUCUAAGGAAACAGUUUUUCCAUCCCAAAUCACUAAUGAGCAUGAGUCAUUGAUAAUGGUGAAGAAACUUUUUGCUACUUCUAUCUCAUGUAUAACAUAUCUAAGGGGCCUGUUUCCAGAGAGCUCUUAUGGAGAACGCCAUUUGGAUGACCUCAGUUUAAAAAUACUUCGAGAAGAUAAAAAAUGUCCGGGGUCACUGCAUAUUAUCAAAUGGAUUCAAGGCUGUUUUGAUGCUUUGGAAAAGAGAUACCUACACAUGGCAGUACUUACACUUUACACAAAUCCCAAGGAACCUGAGAAAGUGACUGAAAUAUACCAGUUCAAAUUCAAAUACACAAAAGAAGGAGCCACUAUGGAUUUUGACAGUAGUAGUACAAGCUUCGAAAGUGGGACAAAUAGUGAAGAUGUUAAGAAAGCCAGUAUUCUACUGAUCCGCAAAUUGUACAUACUAAUGCAGAACCUUGGACCCCUUCCUAAUGAUGUUAUACUUACUAUGAAACUCCACUACUAUAAUGCAGUGACUCCUCAUGAUUACCAACCCCCUGGUUUUAAAGAAGGGGUAAAUUCACACUUCCUGCUGUUUGAGGGGGAGCCUGUAAACCUGCAAGUGGGAUUGGUCUCCACUGGCUUUCAUAGCAUGAAAGUAAAAGUCACAACUGAGGCCACCAGAGUGUCUGAUUUGAAGAACAAUCUCUUUCAGGAGAACAGCACAACUGAGAUUGCCCAUCAGGGUCUAGACUUUGAUGAGGAAGAAGAAGAAUGCAGCAAUCAUACUCAAAGAAUGAAUUUUGUGUACAGUCAGCAAAGUUCUCAGAGCUCCAGGAAGAAGAGGAAGGUCAGCGAACCGGUGAAAGUCUUCAUCCCUGACAGAAAAUGAAAGUUAGAUACCUUCACUGCGUUUAUUCUAAAAUAAUUUUAUUUUACAACAAACAUGCAUGAAGUGUCUUAAUAGGAAAAUAAGUUCCUGUCACCAAAAUCUUUUACUAAAUUUGUUGCUCAACUUUUUUAGUCAAUUUACUAAGUGCUAACUUACUGAGUAGAGUAUGGGUUCACUUUGCCACAAGAAAACAAGGUUACUGGGGCUGCCUUGGGAUAACAUUACUUUAAGGCUGAGUUAGAGACAAGACAGCCUUUAUAUUUGUAAAAGAACCACAGCAGCUAUUUUGAAAAGACAUAAGCUGUUGUUCUCAAAGGAAGGAGGGUUUUCUUUGCAUAACUAAACUCCCCAGGUAUUUAGACUACUGUGAAAUGUUGUAACUUGUUGUAACCUGUGUACUGGAACCCUCUAUAGCUUUAUUAGAAUUCCCACAGACUUGCAUGGAUGUAUGUGGUGGUGCUUAUGCAGGUGUGAUUUUUAUGUUAACUUCAAUCACGAGAUUGAUCAGCCAAGUGUUGGACCAAAGUGUACUCUCCCUGUAAAUUUCCUCAAAUCUGGCCCGAUGCCCUGCUCUGUUGGCCAACCUGAGACAGGCAAUAGGCUGCAAUGCAGAAGACUGGCUCCCUUCUUAAGGCCCACAUUGAAUGCUUCCCAACAAACACUUCAGUUUAUCAGUCUGUAACCUGCAGACUGUUCAUUCCCUCAUUCUGAGGGAAUUUUGACAGACUUAAUGAUUAGUAUUAGAUGAAUAAUAAGUGACUGAAAGUGUUUUUAUUAUUUAGUAACAUGCAGUUUAAUAACUUAAUUUAAAUGGAUAGGACUUCAAUAAGCUAAAUGUUGAAUAUGUGUGCUUUCCAGUUAAAUAAAACCAAAAUGCACAGUA